AUGAGGAGAGAUGACAGAGGUCAGAGAAGAGGACCCAGGCGAGAGGACAGAGGACAGGAGAGACAGGACAGGGGACCCAGGAGAGAGGACAGGAGAGACAGGACAGAGGACCCAGGACAGAGGACAGGAGAGACAGGACAGAGGACCCAGGAGACAGGACAGGAGAGACAGGACAGGGGACCCAGGAGAGAGGACAGGAGAGAUAGGACAGAGGACCCAGGACAGAGGUCAGGGCAGAAGACCCAGGACAGAGGACAGAGGUCAGGGCAGAGGACCCAGGCGAGAGGACAGAGGACAGGAGAGGCAGGGCAGAGGACCCAGGAGAGAGGACAGGAGAGACAGGACAGAGGACCCAGGACAGAGGUCAGGGCAGAAGACCCAGGACAGAGGACAGAGGUCAGGGCAGAGGACCCAGGCGAGAGGACAGAGGACAGGAGAGGCAGGACAGAGGACCCAGGAGACAGGACAGGAGAGACAGGAAAGGGGACCCAGGAGAGAGGACAGGAGAGAGGGCAAAGGACCCAGGACAAGGUCUGA